AUGCAUGGAGGAUUGUCGCCCGAUCUUAAUUCUAUGGAACAAAUUCGUCGUGUCAUGAGACCCACCGACAUCCCUGAUAUCGGUUUAUUGUGUGACUUACUGUGGUCUGAUCCAGAUAAGGAUAUAACUGGUUGGAGUGAGAAUGACAGAGGCGUUUCUUUCACGUUCGGUCCUGAUGUGGUAUCUAGGUUCUUGUCAAAGCACGACAUGGACCUUAUAUGUAGAGCCCAUCAAGUAGUUGAAGAUGGCUAUGAAUUCUUUUCUAAGCGUCAAUUAGUGACAUUAUUUUCGGCUCCAAAUUACUGCGGUGAGUUUGAUAACGCGGGUGCCAUGAUGGGUGUUGAUGAGAGUUUGCUCUGUUCAUUCCAAAUUCUUAAGCCUGCUGAGAAGAAGAAAAAGUAUGGUUAUACUAGUGUUGGAACCAGUAGACCUGUGACGCCUCCUCGGAAGCAGAAGCGUCCCACUAAGUGA